AUUUUUUUGCUUCUGUUAAAUUUUCUGCUUCAUUUUUUAGGAAGCAACUUGUGCAUGUUCCUGAUUCUUCAUAAUGAUUUCACCUACCUCUCUAUUUUGUUUCUUUUUUAAUUAGCAAUGAAGUUUUCGAACUUUAUUAGAUUCUCUCUUGCAUAAAUUCAAGUAUAGUUCUGAAAUUCAUCAACUUGCAUUUGCUAGCACAUAAUCUUUCAAUUGUGGUGGAAAGAGAUAUAACAAUUGGGAAUGCCUAAAAGAUGCACCUUCUUGACUCCACCUCUGUCUCUGAGAUCCAUAAGGUUCUAUCAUUACUAUUAUUUCCUCGUUUAAUGCUUCACAAGAGUGAAUCCAAAAUAUAUACUUCAUACAUUACCUAUUCCUUGAUGCACAAUUGGCAUAUAAGUUUUUAUAUAUUGCCUGUUCUGCUAAUUCGCGAUCGCUGUGAAGAUGGUUGAAAUUGAAACUGAAACUUGAAACACUUUUUCUUAUAUUUAUGUAGAUAGAUAUGAACACUUUAGGGUAGUAAAUGUUAUAGAGUUUUAAGUGGAGUUAGGAAGUUAUUAGGAUAAAAUACUAUAUACCAGUUUUUUAGGUCUAGUAUGGAGAGUAAACCGAAUAUCUUGAUGGAACGAUACGAGUUAGGAAGGUUACUUGGUCAGGGAACUUUCGGAAAGGUUUACUAUGCACGGAGUGCAGUGACAAACCAGAGUGUGGCAAUUAAAGCGAUUGACAAAGAUAAGGUUAUGAGAACAGGUCAAGGUGAUCGAAUCAAGCGCGAAAUAUCUGUUAUGAAGUUAGCUAGACAUCCCAAUAUUAUACAGCUUUUUGAGGUUAUGGCAACCAAGAGUAAGAUUUUCUUUGUAAUCGAGUAUGCUAAAGGCGGUGAGCUAUUCAACAAGGUGGCUAAAGGAAAACUCAAAGAAGAAGUUGCUCACAAGUAUUUUAAGCAGUUAAUCAAUGCAGUUGAUUUUUGUCACAGUAGAGGCGUGUACCACCGAGACAUUAAACCCGAAAACAUUCUAUUGGAUGAAAAUGGGAAUUUAAAAGUUUCUGAUUUUGGGUUAAGUGCUCUUGUGGAAUCAAAGCAGCAGGAUAUCAUGCUCCAUACACCAUGUGGCACCCCUGCUUAUGUUGCUCCUGAAGUCAUUAAAAGGAAAGGGUAUGACGGCGCCAAAGCCGAUAUUUGGUCUUGUGGAAUAGUUCUAUUUGUUUUAUUGGCUGGUUAUCUACCUUUUCAUGACUCAAAUUUGAUAGAGAUGUAUAAGAAGAUUAGCAAAGCAGAACUGAAAUGUCCUAGUUGGUUUCAACCUGAAGUAUGCAAGCUAUUAGGCGAUAUAUUGGACCCGAAUCCCGAUACUAGGAUUUCCAUAGCUAAGAUUAAGGAACAUAAUUGGUUUAAAAAUGUACCCAAUGCUAGAAAUAAAAAACCACAAGUGGAAAACAACACAGUCUCUUCUUCAGGUACAAUUGUUUCUGAUCAAAACAAUGAAAAUGAUGGUCUUGAAGCAGAAGCAAAGGAAGAUUCGGUUGUGCCAAUCAGUAUAAAUGCCUUCGAUAUCAUCUCCCUUUCGUCUGGUUUCGAUCUUUCUAGAUUCUUUAAAGACAAUGUUGAGAAAAGAGAAACGAGAUUCAGUUCGAAACUACCUGCAUCGGUCAUCAUCUCCAAAAUGGAAGACAUUGCUAAGCAACUGAGGAUGAAAAUUAAGAAAAAAGCUGCUGGUUUGUUGAAACUUGAGGGAUUCAGUGAAGGUAGGAAAGGGGUUUUAUCCAUUGAUACAGAGAUCUUUGAGGUUACUCCUCAUUUCCAUUUAGUGGAAGUAAAAAAAUCAAAUGGAGAUACAUUGGAAUAUCAGAAAAUAUUGAAAGAGGAUAUAAGACCUGCUCUUCAGGAUAUUGUUUGGGUGUGGCAAAGUGACCAACAACUUCAAUCACAACUAUCAGAUCAACAGCUACAGAUACAUGAUCAGCAGCAACAACAAUCACAGUCAUAAAACAUUCUCAAUUUUGAGUUAUCAUGCUUAAAUAAAUUCUCAAUUGAGCACAUAUAUGAUAUAGGAUUUCAUGAUGCCAUGUGUUUUUUUCUUUCUAUUUUUCAAGCAUGUUAAAAUUUAACUGUCUAACAUUGACCUUGCUGUAGCAUACAUUCUAUUUCCAGAAUACAUUUCUCAAUUUUGUUGUAUAAUGAGUUCUAUUGAACUUUUGUCCAGUUUUCAUUUGAUGAUAUAAUAGUCUUAGCUCUUGUUUGGAUCCA